AGGUAUGGGAACUAGGAGGCGUGUGUGCAAUAGAUAAGUAUGGAACUCAUUAUCAGACUUGUGUAACAUAAGAAAAAAUAGUUCUUCAGAAGAAACGGCAGUGACGUAGGGUGGGAGGGGGUGUCAGAAUUCGUCCCCGAUCGAACAGGGUUGAAAAAACAAUAAAAAAAGUCAUUCGAGUUUGUUAAUUUCGUUAGCGGCAAAGCAUUAAUUACUCUAGUGUCUAAUUUGCAUUGUUAUUCUUCGCCUUUUUGACUUGGGUUCAUCAGAUCAUCUCAUUUAAUUGGAGCACUUUCGAUAUCAUUUAAGAAAAGUUUCUGAGUCAUAAAUAGAUCGUUAGUUGGUUUGCUUAUUUAAAGUUAAUUUCAAAUAGAACACAUUCAAAGUUUCCGAAACCUCUUUACUGUUUGUCCAAUGCUAACUUUUUGGGAAUCUUGUUUGCAAAUUGUGCAAUCGAAAGUGACGUCAAUUUGUAUACUCAAGCAAUCAUUAUGUACAUCUUACAAUGUAAACUUCGGUUUCAUGUUGUUCACAAACAUCAUUUUGGUAAGUAUACGUGAAAUAAGCAUUUCUUGUUUAUUAAGUAAAAAGUUUUUUAUGAGAAGUAUACCAAAUAUAUUGGCAGAAAGUCCUUGAUUAACAAGAAGAAUAAAGAAGUUGUUUAGAAAGAGAAUGGUUAAAGUUUGAAGUAUAUAAUUUACCUCUUCAAAACGUUUUUUUCUGUUACUUUGUACGCAUUAAAAUGUUAUGGUAUAAAAAUUAUAAUAUCCAUUUUAUUCUUCGAUUUUUUUUUUAUUGCAGUCAAAAAAGAAUUUCAACAAAUAAUGGAUGGUUUUGGUGUUGAAGACUUUGUUUAUAAGGUUGGAAUCAUAGUCUCAGUGUUUAUUGGUGUUGGUUUUUUACUGAUUUUUCUAGUAAUCUUGUUUAUCAUCUGGUUGAAACGCCAAGAGAGAAAAACAAGAAAUGCUCGAUUGUUAAGGCACAAUAUUCCUCAAGAAAAAGAGUCUCAGCAAACAAGUUUUGAAAACCAUGAUGUCGAAAUAAAAAACGAUUUGGUUUAUUCUGUUGAUAAUCAUACCAAGGUCAAUAACACUGCAAUAGAGUCUAAGGUGAAUCACAAAGGUAAAGAUCAACAGAUUGAUAACAAAAAGAGCGAUCAAACUGCCGAAUCGAGCGAUCUUUAUGCUGUUGCUGACAAUAUAACACGAGAGAAAGACAAAGAGAACUCGGAAUGCAACUAUUAUAAUGUGAACAGUGGAUCGUCUUAUGAGUGCGUUAAUAUACAAGAUGGUAUCGAAUCUUUAAACUUAGGAGAGAAGAAUGACGGUUAUAACGAUGUUGUAGACUACACACCAAUAGACUAUCAAAGGUUAAAUGGUAACGGUGGUGAAAAUGAACGUGGCAACGAAUUACAAACUGAUUUCAAAGAAAAAUUGUCUCCUGUGAAAACGAGCAGUCCUUUUUAUAUGUCUAUGAAAAAGGACGAAAUAAAUAAUGUCAAAUAUGCAGCUUUACAAGAAAAUCAACAAAAACUUACAGAAGAUUUCCCUGGUUAUGAGAUUUCAAUGAAUCUGGAAAAAAACAAUGCUGAAAUGAACGAGAUUGAGAAGGCACAUUAUGCACCAGUUAAUGCAGAGGAAGUUAACAGAGAUAAAUAUACAUAUUUGGACAUAACAAACACCCACGAUAAAAGAAAUAAUGCAGAAUACAUAGAAGCUGAUAUCCGUAGUGCAGACAAUGAUAAAAAUACCUACGAAGUAUAUAUCAGUAUGGAAGAACAAGGAGACAGCUAUAUUCAUAUGUCGUAAUCUCAUUUCGUAUGUUUUUUUCUUUUCAUAAAUUUGUUAAAACAUUUGUAAAUUUCAGGGUAGUAAAUCAUAAUGUAUAUAUUUUUAAUUCUGUGAACCUAAACACUUAAAUACAUCAGCAGAAUCUCAGUAAACACAAAAUGUAACACUGAACGUAAUUGCAGUUUACUUUAAUUACAGCUUAAAUUACCUAAAUGUUGCACCAAAUAAGUCUUAACUAAUAAAGAUCUGGUGUUAACUAAGUGACCCUACAGUUUUUUGGCGUAGGUAGAGGAUGUUCUUGUGUACUAAGGAUGAAAUGCCAGCGAAUCUCCCCGCAAGCCGUUUACAGGAACAAUAAAAACAAAAUGAACAGUUUACUAUGGGUAAAGGUUGGUGUUAGUUAGGUAGGAUCCAUGUGAGUUAGUGAUGCUUAUUUUGGGUCAGGUGGGGUGUUUGUAGAUUUAUUUUGGGUCAGGUGGGAGUGAUUGUAGGCUUUUUUUGGGUCGGGUGGGGUGGUUGUAGCUUUUUUUUGGGUCAGGUGAGGUUAUUGUAGGUUUAUUUUAAGUCAGGUGGGGGUGGUUGUAGUUUUUUUGGGUCAGGUGAGGUGAUUGUAGGUUUAUUUUGAGUCGGGUGCGGGUGGAUGUAGUUUUAUUUGUGUCAGGUGAGGUUAUUGUAGGUUUAUUUUAAGUCAGGUGGGGGUUGUUGUAGGCUUAUUUUAAGUCAGGUGGGGUGAUUGAAAGCUUAUUUUGAGUCAAGUAGGGUGAUUGUAGGCUUUUUUUGGGUCGGGUGGGGUGGUUGUUGGUUUAUUUUGGGUAAUGUGUGCGUAAAUUCAGCAUGUAGAAGUAUGACUCUGAUUAAGGAAAAGAAAAAACUUCUGCGUCCUGGAAUGUCAAAUACAGCGAAGAGGUCGUGAGAGAGAACUGUUAACACGCCCGUGUUCAAGACUGUAACUACCUCAAUAUCAAUCCUUUUGUUUAUUAUGUAUGUAAAUGAUAAUUCUUUAUAUGUGCAGUGCCGUAACUUUCUCCCAAUCUGUUUGUACCUUUAUUAGUUUAUUUCAAGUGUCCAUUUGGGCAUUAGUUUCUAGGUCGUGAUGUUACAGUGGUUUGAGUGUAUUGUUCUAUUGUGUUACGUGUAAACUGCUUGCUUACUUGUCCAUAAACCUAUUUCAAUAUCCACUUCCAUUCCGCAAAAUACACAGCCAGAAUAGACAUACUAACAUGAACGCGAGGUUAGUUUAGAGACAAUUUUAAUUUUCCAGCGAAUUGAUGCACAUAUAGUUUGUUUACCUUUAUUAUUUCUCAAAUUAACUUGUCAAAUGGGCAAAUUAUGAACUUUUGGUAAAAGAAAUAGAAAAUGGCGUUUAUUUUUUACCCAUUGGACUUCUCAAAAUUGCUGGUUUAUAUUUUUUUCUAGUGUUUAGCUAGCUAAGCUAAGGUUGAUUAGUUUGGAAUUUAUAUUUAGCUACACUAGCACUAGCAUUAGUUACUACUAGCUAGCUAGUUGAAGCUUUGACCAAUGUUGAUGACAUAUAUAAACACUUUUUUCUUUGUUAUUUGAUAUCUUUUAUUUC